UUGCUAUUGAGUUGAGUGACCUGAGGUAAACGCGCUGCAUAGGAAUAGCUUAGUUGUAGCUCAUAAAAAAUGAACAGGAUUCCUACUUUCUAGAAUGAGAAUAUGUAUGCGAAUGGUUAUCCCGUCAUGAAUUAAAGAAGACAAAAAAAGAAAGAUAUGACUAAUUCUUCUGAUCAUUCAUUUAUAUUAAUUAUACAUCGUUUACAAAAGAAAAUGGAUUCGUCGUUUAAUUUUUAUAUUGGUCUUUCACUGGCUUUAUUGUCAACAAUAUUUAUUGGAACUAGUUUUAUAUUUAAAAAACUUGCAUUGCGUCGUGCUUCUAGAAAUGGUUCUAGAGCUGGUGAUGGUUCAUUAACUUAUCUACGUGAAUGGAUGUGGUGGAUGGGUUUUAUUCUAAUGGGAAUUGGAGAAUUUGCUAAUUUUGUUGCUUAUGCAUUUGCUCCAGCUAUUCUUGUCACACCAUUGGGUGCUCUGUCUGUACUUGUCAGUACACUACUGAGUGUGCGUUAUUUAAAUGAACAUUUAAACUGUAUCAGUGGAAUUGGUUGUUGUAUUUGUCUGUUGGGAUCAACACUGGUUGUUCUACAUGCACCUAAAGAACAAAAUUUAACAUCAUUACAAGAAAUGUUGACAAGAGCUACAUAUCCAUCUUUUAUUGUCUAUGGUGUAUUUGUUAUUAUCUUAUCUGGUAUAUUGAUUUUUAUUCUUGGUCCACGUUAUGGUAAAACAAAUCCAAUUGUAUUUACUCUGAUCAGUGGAAGUAUUGGUUCACUGUCAGUUAUCGCGUGUAAAGGUGUUGGUGUUGGAUUAAAGGAUGCUUUCACUACUGGCCUUCUACCAAUUCUAUCCUUUUGGUUCUUUUGGUUUCUAAUCAUUUGGUUAAUUUGUGCAAUUACAAUACAAAUGUAUUAUUUAAAUCGUGCACUUGACCUGUUCAACACAGGAGUGAUUACACCUCUGCUGUAUGUAUUUUUUACUGGUUUUGUUAUCAUUGCAUCGGCUAUACUAUUCCGUGAAUUAAAUGUCUUAGAUUAUAUGGAUUAUAUUGGUUUAAUACUUGGCCUGCUGUGUACUGUUCUUGGCAUCUUUAUGAUAACUGUACUCAAGGAUUUAAGUUUAACAUGGACAAGUCUUCGAACAAUUCUGUCUGGUGGAAAAUAUUCCGCCUAUUAUUCAUCAUCCAAUGGUUCACUUACCAAUGGACAUGUUAAACAGUCUCAUCGGCGUCGACGUACCGCUGCUGGGAGCAUACUUCAAAGAAAAUCAAGCAUUGUCAGGGCAACAACAAAAACACUUCAUUGUAGACAUUUAUCAAUUGAUAAACUAAGUGCUGAAAAACUCAUCUCUUCUAAUCAUUAUUCAGAUACUGAACAAGCUGAUAGUGAAGUACUAUUACUGCCAACAAUUAAUGAUAAUUGUAAUGAUAAUAACAAUAGUCAUUCUUCUCAUGUAUUAUCCGAAUCAGAUAUAUCAGUGUCAAGACUACGCACACCGCUUGAUUCACCUCGUUCGUGUACUUCAAUGAAUAAUGGUGCAUCCACCGGCACAACUCCUACUGCUUCGAAUACUACGACUAUGACUACUACCUCUACAAUUGCUAAAUAUCCUAUCACACGAAAUAAUAAUAGUGGUAGUAAUAGUUUAAGACAAUCAAAACAAGAUUUAUUGAAUAUUUAAUUUUGUCCAAUAGGCGUUUAAAUCGCGUAGAGGCGCGUAAUUCAAAUUUCAAGGUCGUGUGCAGGUGUUGUCGCAUUUUUGUUUUCUUCUUUCUUUCAAAUUCAUGAUUUUGCCUUUCAAUUUGUGUGUUUGUUUGUUUGUGUUUUGAAUAUUUGCGCGUGUACACAUUGGUCAAAAAUGAGUUUGUUUUAUUAAUUAAUUAUCUGUGAUCUUGUUCAAUGUGUCAAUGUGUUUAAGUGUGCUAGAUAGAGAGAGAGAGAGAUUAGUCAUAACAUCAAUUGUAUCAUGACCACUGAUAUUGUUCUUCUUAUUCUUGUACACAUAUAUAUAGAAUAAACAAUUACUGUAUUCAUUCUUCAUUGUAGUUUUGUUAUUAUUAUUAUUACUAUUACCUCUCCUCAUACUAAUGUUGUCCUCAUUUAUGGCGUAUUUUUGUAAUCCCACUGGUUGUGUCUUUAUCGAUCCAAAUGAGUGGCUGGCUAUGACUAAUUUGAUUUUGUCUAAGUUGUUUUAAUCAAACUUAGGCUGUGAAUGUGUGUGUGUGUGUGUCUACUCUUGCGUCUAUCUACCCGUCUGUCUGUCUAUCUAUCCAUCUUUGUAUUGAUUACUUCUCAUGAAUAAGAGAGAGAGAAGUAAAGAGGUCAAUAAGUGUGCACUGUGUAAUUUUAAGUUGACUAUAAUUCGAUUAUUGUUUGUGUUUAUCGUAUAAAAAAGAAUAUAUAUACCCUUAGACAAUCAAUUGUUUGUGAUUAUGAUUGUUAUUACUGAUAUUCCUAUUAUUCUUAAUCAAUAAACUAUUUUCAACGGUUGGUUUGCAGAGUGGUUUAAUUGAUUUUUAG